AUGAAGGAUGUGCGACGAGAAGAAUGGAGCAGCAAACGCGAUGGCUUCAAACGUAUCUUGCUGUGUGAUAGUCGUGGAGCUACUAACACAUCCGGUUGGUCAUGUAUACUCAGUGCAGGAGAGCAGUUUAUGGAUGCCAAAGUGUGGGCGAUAUAUGUACGAGAGCUGCUCAAGUUCGAGAUCGAGGCACUAUCAGUGCUUAUACUCGAUAACUUCGACGCACAUGUUUCAAAAGAAGGACUUGAUGUUGUUGUCGAGACAACGUCGGCCCUGGUUUGCCAGCUACCGCCCAACAGUACAGCGGCCUGCCAGCCACUAGACGUUGAGGUUUUCAACUUUGCUUUUUGCUAA